AGGCUGUCGCUGAUGUUAUAAGAACAUGUCUUGGACCACAAGCAAUGUUAAAAAUGUUGAUGGAUCCAACUGGAGGAAUAGUGAUGACUAACGAUGGAAAUGCUAUUCUUCGCGAAAUAACCGUACAACAUCCAGCCGGUAAAUCAAUGAUUGAGAUUGCUAGAACUCAAGAUGAAGAAGUUGGUGACGGUACUACUUCCGUAAUCGUUCUUGCCGGAGAAAUUUUGGCUACUGCUGAGCCAUUUUUAGAACAAGGAAUGCACCCAACUGUAAUUAUCAGAGCUUAUAGACAGGCUUUAGAAGAUAUGAUUGAAAUAUUACAAGAUAAAGUCAGUAUUGAUCUUGAUUGUAACGAUCGCAAUAAAUUAGUUGACGUUGUUAAAUCAUGUGUUGGUACCAAAUUCAUUGGGCGUUGGUCUGAUUUAGCAUGUCAAAUCGCUUUGGAUGCUGUUCAUACUGUUUUACUCGAAGAAAAUGGACGACGUGAAAUUGAUAUCAAACGUUAUGCGAAAGUAGAAAAAAUUCCUGGAGGCAGUAUUGAAGAAAGCCACGUACUUAAAGGAAUUAUGCUGAACAAAGAUGUUACUCACCCAAAGAUGCAGCGUUGCAUUAAAAAUCCGCGAAUUUUGCUUUUAGAUUGUAAUUUGGAGUAUAAAAAAGGAGAAUCACAAACAAAUCUUGAGAUUAUGAAAGAUACUGAUUUUACUCGUGUUUUGGAAUUAGAGGAAGAGCAUAUCAAGAAAGUUUGCCAAGAUAUUGUUGCUGUUAAACCAGAUGUUGUAAUUACUGAAAAGGGUAUUGCUGAUCUUGCCUCACACUUUCUAUUGAAAACAGGAAUUUCGGCAAUUCGACGCGUUCGUAAAUCAGAUAAUAACAGAAUUGCACGAGCAUGUGGUGCAACAAUAGUAAAUCGUACUGAAGAACUCCGUGAAGAAGAUGUUGGUACUGGGGCUGGACUUUUUGAGAUUAAAAAAUACGGUGACGACUAUUUCUGCUUUAUUACCGAAUGUACUAAUCCGAAAGCAUGUACAAUAGUACUGCGUGGAGCAAGUAAAGAUGUUUUAAAUGAAACCGAAAGGAAUUUACAAGAUGCUCUUCAUGUAGCUCGUAAUUUAUUGAUGGAACCCAAAUUAGUGCCUGGUGGUGGUGCUACUGAAAUGGCUGUUUCAAAACUUUUGACUGAAAAAGCCGCUGCCAUAGCUGGUGUUGAACAGUGGCCUUAUAAAGCAGUAUCACAAGCUUUAGAUAUUAUUCCAAAAACCUUGGCUCAGAAUUGUGGUGCUAAUAUUAUCCGUAUACUGACUGCAUUACGUGCUAAACAUGCAACUGAAGGUAAUACUUGGGGUAUUGACGGUGAAACUGGUGAGAUUGUUGAUAUGAAAAUACGAGGCAUUUGGGAUCCACUAAGUGUUAAAAUGCAGACUUAUAAAACAGCUAUUGAGACUGCUAUUUUAUUGUUGAGAAUAGAUGAUAUUGUUUCUGGUAGUAAGAAGAAGUCCAAUGAAUAUAAUCAAAAUCAAGCUGCAGUACCUACCCAAGAAUCAAUGAAAGAAUAAUCGUAUUUUAAAAAGCACAUGAGCUCAGUUUUUUCAUUAAUAAUGCUAAUAUAAAGUAAAGUAAUCAUGCCUAUUUCAUCGUUAUUACAUUUUAUUCUUUUUUCGAUUAAUAUAAAAAGAAAUGUUCAUUAUAUGUAUUAUUUUGCUAAACUGAUACAUUUUCAUAAAAUAAAAAAAGUUUGAUAAAGAAAAAUGAAAAUUUGAUAUUAUGUUUUAAUCUAAUUAACUGUAUUGUUUAUUACAUAGUUUGAGAAAUGCCUUAAAAUCAUUAUGAAAUAGAUAUUUUAUUCUAUAGAUUCUCUAUAUAUUUUCUUUCCGUAAUAUUAUUUUUCUAGGCAGAACCAAAAAAAAUUAAAGCUACAAAAUAAAAUAUGUCAACCCAAUGAAAAAUAGCAUAAGACAAAAAUUUUAAGAUUUUUUUUCUUUUCAGUAGUUUACAGACUUGGAAUUUUUCACCUCUCACGUACUUAUGUCGAUUAUCUCAAGCUAUUUCUCUAAUUUUGAUUGUCUCUAUAGUGUCUUAUAUUCAUAUUGCGCUCGUUGGUAUAAAUGAAAUUAAAUGCUAAUCUAAGAUAAAAUUAUCAUUUGAAGUCGAUGGGAUCGACUUGGUUAAUUUUAUAUAAAUAUUCGUAGUAAGCUGUAUUCGGUUUUUAUAAAAAGAAUAAUUGGAAAAUUUGUCAGGAAAAUUAGCAAUUUCAGGAAAAAUUAAAUUUUUUUGCGUAAUUCUCUACUUGUUUUUUUCGUUAUAGUCUCCAAAAAUUAAAAUCUGGAAAAUUACAAAAAAUCGGCACAGUAAAUUCUUCAAAAAUUCGAGUUUUUAUAAUUUUCAAAAAAAGGUUCAUUUUAAAUUACUUCGACACCUAUGUUUUGAUCGAUUCUAUAAUUUAAUCAGCUCUUCCAAAAAACGACGUCGAUCGCUGCAAACCGCAUCGAAAUUAGUUGAUUCGUUCGAGAGAUAUCGUUGUCGAAAGAAAUCGCGAAAAAGAAUUUUUUUAAAAUAACUU